AUGAGUAUCUCAUCAAUGUACGCGGCUUUUGAGCCGUAUAUCGACAUUCCCUUCAACGCAUCCCUCAGCGGAAUCCUCUUCCUCGCUUACCGCUGCCUUAUCUCCAAACCCGGCCUUCUCCUCACCAUCGUCUACACCACCAGCGCCAUCAUCAUCCUCUUCGAUCGAACCUCCACCAAAGGGGAAAUGGCCAAAACCAUGGCCACUAUGCCCCUAGGCCUCGGCUCCGUCCUUCUCUUCAUCGUCGCUAGCAGACCGACCAAAGCGGAAUGGCUCCACGCUUUCACUAUUUACGUCAACUUUGCAGUCUACGGCAAUAUUUUCAUGAUGAUCGCGACGCCUUAUGGAGGGACAUUCCGUGGCAUCUGCUGCAAAGCCGCUUGCCUCUCUCUCUCCGCUUGGAUUAUUCUACAAGGGUAUCAAGUGCAGUGGAAAACUAUCAUGUUACAUGAUAACCUCUUGGUCUUCACCGCUUCUUCCAAGAGCUGGAUUUUCGCGCAUGCAGUCUACAGAUUCAUUCUACUCACACUGCCAUGCUUUGGAUCUGGAAGACGCCACCGGCUUAUGGAAGUGUAUUCUCUUGGUCUGACGUAUUUAUUGUCAUGGAGCACUGGACUACCGUUUGAGUACUGCUUCGGCAUGGCGGAUACUAUCGUGGCGCCUGCAGUCACGGCGUGGUCAUCCGUUUCCAAGACUUUUAAUAUCAUUCCGCGUGGUGCGGGAAAGAAUCAGUCAUCCGCAAGCAGCAUAUCGGACACUGGGGAUAUAUGCUUGGGAAUCGUGGCACUCGCUGUUGCUGCUUAUGCCGGCCUUAACACGCUGUCUCUAAGUCGUUCAGUGUCUUCAUGA